UAAAAUAUUAUAAAAGCAUCCCGCGUGUAGUGUAGAAUUUAAUGUUCCCAAGAAACAUUGCCAACCUGUCUGAUCUAGAUCAAUACAAUCAGGCAGGGGUUAAGAUACAGUAUUAGUUGACUUGUGUUUUUACUUUUAAAUCUUUCUUUCACCCUUACUAAUAAAAAUAUUUUAACAAUGACUAGAAGUUUCACUGUCCUGAUCAUGUUAAUUUUCAGGUUUUUACUUUCUCUCACACCUUUCACUAACACACCCGACGCGCACAAUUUCCUGCCUAAAGGCCUUACACUCGCGAGAGGGGUUGGCAGUACUCAGAGAUAGAUAGAUCAAUCCCAUCACUAAAUAGCCGCCGCAGAAUCUUUUCUACCGUCUUAAAAUAACAAAAUAAAAUAGUCCGUUGCGGAAGUUGUUGCAAUGCGCCACAAAUUAACUGAAAUUAGAAAGAUCAUAAUACAGUCUAUUAUUAAGGAUUUAAAACCAUUUUCAAAUGUGCUAAAGGAGAACAAAUGACUUAUUUACUGAGUUUGAUAACUAUAAAAUGGUGGCUAGAUGCUGUCUCUUUGGAACUACUUUAUAUCGAAUAUUAGCGUCUUUUUGGGUUCUUCGGUCAAAACGACAAGUGCUUUGUAAAGAAGACAGAUAACAGGUCAAAUAGGUGUAUUGAUUGCUUAUUCAAGCAUGGCAAAUAUGUAUUAAUACUUAUAUCAAUUAAGGAUUAAGUUCCUAAAGUGGUAAAGCCAUAAAUCAAUAUGAAAGAGCCCAAAUAGAGAAAGUGUCAAAAAAUUUCAAGUCAAAAAUAUCCACGAUAAUCUACCAGGUCCAUGACCAUGUUUCACCAGUUUAACAGUCGUAAAUGAUUUUAAAUUACCUAUACCAUUUGCAUUCACCAAGAGAAGGAAUUACUGAUUUAUGUCUAUGCGUAACAUUCAGGUGGCAUUGACCAGAUAAAUAUAUAAUUAGGCACAGUGAGUGGCGUUGUUGUUGAUUUCAUGGCCAUGCCUUAGUGAGAUAUAUCGUAUCUUAGCUGCCAAAUUAUGACACUCAAUAUAAUAUCUUUUUAUAAAAAUGAUUGAACAGGAUAAAGAUGCAGGGUACCAAUAUCAGAAUCCGUAUGACAGUUUUAUGCGAAAGCAUUUACAGCACUAUGGAUACUACACAGGUCGUAACCAAGGCUACAGGAGUACAUUCCAGUCAUAUGCAGAAUGGGAGAAGAACUUUCCGUACAUGUCGGUCUCGGAAAGUUCUGAAUCAGAUGAUUCAGACUCUGAUGAUAAGAAAG